AGUUCCUUCCUGGGCUGAGAACUUGGCCAGGGGAAAUAUCGGCUUGUGUGGAAUGUAAAAAGCUUCUGAAAGCUGGACUAUGUAAUGGAGAAGGAAAAACAGCUGUACCACCUCCCUGAAAUCCCUAGGCCAAGAAGAGGCUAGAACCUGGACUCCUCCAGCAGUCUUAAGUAUUUCAAGCUGGCCAAGAAUAACAGCCCCAAAGAAAAGGCCGCGGGAGGGAGUCCAGCUUUUAGGUUGCAGCUUUUAAAUAAAUAAAACAAACAAACCCCUCACUGGCCGGUGUGGUUUGGAGUCUCCUUGACCCAGGCACGAAAAGGAAAAAACACCCCCCACCCUCCUCCCAGUACCAUUCGAGGCGGGGAUGGGUCAGUUUCCCCCUUGCCCACGGGCUCCGCUCCCGCCCCUUUCUCCUGCCUCUUCCCCACCCCUGCUCGUCUCUCUCUCAGUCCUUCCACCCCCCGGCUGCAGGGACGCGAUUGCAGAGCCCGCUGGGAUUCCCCCGCGCGAGCUGCUGGCCUGGGAGCGGGGCUCCGCAGGGGACCCGGGGGGCGGCCGCUCGUGCGCGCUCCCAAGCCUGUGUCCGCACAGGAAGGACUUUGGGCACCGCCCCCCCCAAGAGCAAGAAUUUGCUUUUCUGACCUCGGUCCCUAGGGCUGGCCACGUCUUCCCCGAGCCAGGCACUCGCCUACCUGCUGUCGCUGCGGCUGUCCAGGAACAGCUCUGCAGCAUGCAAGGGGUUAACUAGCGCUGCGAGGAGGAAGCACAUGCUAGCGCGGAGCAGUAGCUGGCGGCGGCGGUGUACACACGGCAGGGGGAGCGGACCGUACUCCGCAGUCACUCCCCUGCAGGAGCUGGGACCGGUUUUUUGCCCCAACGCCCGUCAGACCCAAGAUGCUGGAUCAGAUCGCGUUGCUAGCCGCUGUGACCGUCCUGGGAGUCUUGGAGCAAGCCUAUUUUGCGCUGCAGGUGAUCUAUGCCAGACGGAAAUACAAAGUCUCCCCCCCGGAUACAGCAGGCCCACCAGAAUUUGAGAGAGUCUUCAGAGCUCAGGCGAACUGCUCCGAAUACUUUCCAAUCUUUGUGUCUGUCCUAUGGGUGGCUGGAAUCUUCUUCCAACAAGGUGUGGCUGCAGUCUGUGGGCUACUCUACUUGUAUGCUCGGUACCAGUACUUCCAGGGAUAUACGCUCUCUGCUCAUGGAAGAUUGGGGCCUAUGUACUUCAGCGCCAAAGUUCUGUGGAUUUUGAUUGGUUUGUCCAUGGCUGGGCUUUUGGUUCACUUCCUGUCACUCAGUUCUUUUGUGUGGAGAAUGGAAAUUCCAAGCAAACUGCAACUGCUCUUCCGGUGGUAAACAGGGCCUGUGACUGCUGACCUAAACCCUCCACUCAGCAUCUCCUCCAACGCUGCCAGGCUGAUGAGAUUUUAAUCUUUACUUUCUCCACGCUAAAGCCGUUCAAAAUAGCGUGCUGUGGUGGAAGAGAUCUAAAAUACUCCCAAACUUAUGUUCAGGCAGUUGUCCCCUGCGUCAAUUCUCUUCCUUUAACGAGGGGGAAGAGGGAGAAAGUGGUUCUCUCCCUCCCGCCACCCCAGGUUAUCCACAGCAAGUUCCACUUACUAGGAAACCGUUUUAAUCACAAGUGGAGACUAGAGCAACGCUACAGUCAUUUGCCUCAGUUGGCUUUUAAAACCCCUUCUCUUCCCCCACUAAACGUUGUGCAUAUGCAUGUAGAAAAGCACAGGCUUGCUAGAGAAGCUAAAGACAGACGUGAUUAGCAGCACAUGCUGUUCUUCCUUCCCAUCCCAUGCACCCAGCUGAAACUAAGGAUUUUGCCACCAGACUCAGCUUCGGUAGGAUGUUGCUUAAGCUAAUAAAAAGAGGCUGUUGUAAUUCUCA